AAAUCUGUUGUUUAUGGCUUUAUUUAGUUUAAUGUUAUAGACCAGGUACUAUCUUAUUGACAGAUUUUUUAUGUAUGUGGUUGUUUUGUAGAAAAUGGGUCGUGCAAGAAUAACCUUGAAACUCAUCUCAAAUGAGAGAUCUCGUAGGUUAACUUUCAAGUCCAGAAGGGAAAUACUUAUCAAGAAAACCUCUGAAUUUUCCACCUUGUGUGGAGUUGAAGCCUGCUUGAUUGUGUACGAUAAUGGCAAUGGAGAUGUUGCACCAGUAACUUGGCCAAAAGAACCUGUAUUGGUACACCCCAUCCUUCAAAAGUAUGAGUCUCAGAAGAAUGAGAGACCUCCCAAGACCUUUGGUAUUGAAGACUUUUUGGAGAAUAGGAAGAACAUGGUUGAAGCUGACAUUUCCAAAGUGCAUAAACAGAUCAGUAACAUCAAGUAUCCAACUUGGGAUCCAAGUUUCACAAACAUGGAAGAGAAGCAAUUGAAGGCUUUCAUUACUCAGGUGAAUGCUAAGAUUAUGGCUUGUGAUCAUGUGUUGCAAAACAAGCAUCAAAGUAAAGCCAACAACAUCAUGCAAAACAUGGCUUGGGGAAGUGCUUCCUCCUCCCAUAUUCCAAGCCAAAUCACCCCAACUCCUAACAAUAAUGGGAGGGUGUAUGUUACAAAUCCAAUAAAUCAGUUUGAUGGAGCUAGUAAUCAUGGAAUGAACAUGCAACAAGUUGAUGCUUGCUAUGGUUACAUUCCCACAAUGGCUCAAGAAAGUACUAAUUCUACCUCCUCAUAUCCAAGGCAAUUCAAUUGCUUGCAAAACAUCCCUCAAAGCCAACCCAUAUUUGAAGAUUUAAAGCCACUUGAUUAUAAGAAUGAGAUGGUAGAUUUUAGUUAUCAAGUUGAUGUGCCACUAGAUUCAACUAAUCAACUUGGUGUGUAUGCGGACUGGACUAAUAAUCAAUUCGGUGACUUUGAGGACUGGAUUAAUCGACCUAUUGAUGGGUCUAAUCAACCAGUUAAUGGUGAUCUUGUGGGUUUGGACAAUAAACCUAAUGAAUCUAUCUUGCAAAAUAUUCCUGUUCAAUAUCAGAAUAAGCAACAAGGAGGAGCUUUGCAUGUCUUGCCACCACCAUUGAAUGGAUUUCAAACAGAUUGCUAUAAUGUGAAUUUCUGAAUGGCUAGCUUUGAGUAGACUUUGAUUUUGAUGCUCUUAUUAUUUAGUUUAGUAUAUUAGUUCUAGGCAUUUAUAUUAUAUGCCUGAAAGUGCAUUAAUUUUGGUUGGAAAAGUAGGUUUUAUGUUGGCAGAAAGUGCAGGUUUUGUUUUCAUGUAUAUGUAGUUUCAGAGUAUUAUCUAUACUGUUUAGUAUUUCUUCUAAAUAUUUAUGUAGCUGAAGUUUAAUUAUACUGUUAUUAGCUGCUGUUAUCAUAUAGACGCUGGGGUUGUGUUUU